AUGUUCAGUGAUGAGAGGUCGUUCGAUGCGGUCCAGCCUUCAUGCGACGCACUGAUGCGGAACACGAACACCACAUCUCAACCGACCGCCAAGCCAAGGCAUCGUUACGGCCGUCGGGGGCGAUCCACGCGGCCACAAGGUGCGGCCGGCAUCAUGCCCGCACGAAGAACUUCAUCUGGAGUUGUGAUUACCAGACCCGGUGACGAUUCCGUCCCAUGCUCGCCCAUCAAAUGGAGAUUCACGCAAGUCCCUAAAUCAACACCGCCACCACGACGGAAAGCAACGGGUAUGGACCGCGCAGGUGCAGUCGUAUCACCAUACGCUCACCCGGUCAUUACAGGCCCCAGAGGACCGACGUCUCCGAGGAAGAACCGCUCUUCGAGGGUGGAGGAUUGGUCAUUAGAUACACCACGGGUGAAGAACCUGAACUCGGACCCCGAAGGCAGCCUUAACCCGACCCGAUAA